AUGAAGACUCGAGCAACAAAAACUUCAGCGAAAGCUGCAGAAGUCGUAGAAGAAAAAGCCAUUGAAAGUGCCACCCUCGAACCAAGCAGCAACAACCCACCUCUUCUAUUCGUUCUGCCGGAAGGAGCUUCUCCAGACGCUCGCGUUGUUACCCUCCCAAACCCAGCAACCUCUGGCCCCACACGAUACUUCUUCUGCCCAGAGAAAGGAAUUCACGAGUUCACCAAAGUCGCCGCUCCGAAGAAGACUCCACGUAGUUGGUUAGUCGCUCCCGAUGCGUCUGCCUCGGACAGUUCAGCAGACGAAUCGCUGGUCUCGAAGGGAUACACUGUCGAGAAUGCCGACCUCUUCGUCGCAACACCGGUCGACCCUCUCUUUAUCCUCUUGCCCGCCUUGAUGCCUGCUCCGGACUCGCACGAGCAACUCUUUCUAACCAUUGACGACCACCUGGACAAGCUGGCAGAAGAAGCGAAACAUCUCACACAUCUGAUCCGCUCCAUCAAGAUCCAAGAAUCCUUUGAGAAGAGAGCAGAUGCUGUAUGCGACAAUGUGGACCUUGGACACGAAAAAAUGUUCCGUCUUUCCAACGAGAAGCUCCUGACCGAGCUCGUGAAGAAAGCCAAUCGCAUGGCCGCGAAUGGUCUGCCCGCUUCAAUAGAGAGUCACUUCGUGCAGGAAGCUCUACGUAUACCCAUGAUGGCUGUACAGCGUACCGAAUCGCAAGAAGAGGAAGCCUCACCGCCAACCAUAGACACCGACUCGACCACUCCCUCGACAUCCGCCAACCAAUCACAAGUCUCCGCUGUCACCGAGGCCACCUCCCUGACUUCAGCCCCAGAGUCCGCCCCCGCCAAUGUUACUUCGCUCCUCCGCCUCCGUACUGCCCUGAAUCUCCUCCUCUCAACCUACAUACCCUCGGCUCUCCACACGCCCCUGAACACUCUCUUGAAGUCGUCUUCCUCGCCCGUCGACUUCGCACCCCUCGAGUGCCACCUCUCCCACAUCGCCGACCAAAAGCGUCGCGCACAAGCAUUACGUUCUCUUUCGGACAAUAUUUCUCGCAAACGCAGCGGAGUCAAUGAUGAGGAAGCUGAAGAGAGAGAAGCCACAAAGAGGAGGAAGAAGGAAGAAGACGAGGCCAAGAAGAAGAACACGAGUAGAGGUGUCAAACAACUGGGCAAGGUCAACACCACGGGUAUGAUGAAGUUGAGUUCAUUCUUCACGAAGGCUCCGGCGAAGAAUUGA